CCGUGCGCCUCUGUCGCCCGCUUCUUUCUCCGUGGAGCAAGCGUCCGUCGGUCCGUCCGUCGCUCGCUCCCUCCCUUGCGGGGCUCACCGUCUCGGCCUCCCUCGUCCCCGUGGGUCCCCAGCACGCUCAGGCCCGCCGCGUUCCACUGCGCCCGGGAUUCCCGGGUGUCUGUCUCCCCCGCGCCCAAGCCUAGCCUGUUUUCUCAGAAUCGGGGUUGGGGUUUUUGUUGUUGUUGUUCUCAGACAAACGAAUCCGGAUGGAAGCGCAUGGAAUCUCGGGGCGGACGCCGCGGGCAUGGACUAUUCGUACGACGAGGACCUAGACGAGCUGUGCCCAGUGUGUGGGGACAAGGUGUCGGGCUACCACUACGGGCUGCUCACGUGCGAGAGCUGCAAGGGCUUCUUCAAGCGCACGGUGCAGAACAACAAGCACUACACGUGCACCGAGAGCCAGAGCUGCAAGAUCGACAAGACGCAGCGCAAGCGCUGUCCCUUCUGCCGCUUCCAGAAGUGCCUGACGGUGGGGAUGCGCCUGGAAGCUGUGCGAGCUGACCGCAUGCGUGGUGGCCGGAACAAGUUUGGGCCCAUGUACAAACGAGAUCGGGCUCUGAAGCAGCAGAAGAAGGCACAGAUUCGGGCCAAUGGCUUCAAGCUGGAGACGGGCCCCCCUAUGGGGGUGCCACAACCCCCUCCUCCCCCUCCGGACUACAUGCUGACUCCCAACCUGCAUGCACCUGAGCCCAAGGGCCUGGCCUCUGGUCCAGCCACUGGGCCACUGGGUGAUUUUGGAGCCCAAGCGCUGCCCAUGGCUGUGCCAAGCACCCAUGGGUCCUUGGCAGGCUACCUCUACCCUAACUUCUCUGGCCGCACUAUCAAGUCCGAGUACCCAGAGCCUUAUGCCAGUCCCCAACAGCAGCCGGGGCCGCCCUACGGCUAUUCGGAGUCCUUCUCCGGGGGGCCCAGUGUGCCGGAGCUCAUCCUGCAGCUGCUGCAGCUGGAGCCCGAGGAGGACCAGGUGCGGGCGCGCAUCCUGGGCUGCCUGCAGGAACCUGCCAAAAGCCGUUCCGAUCAGCCUGCUGCUUUUGGCCUCCUGUGCAGGAUGGCGGACCAGACCUUCAUCUCCAUCGUGGACUGGGCCCGCAGGUGCAUGGUGUUCAAGGAGCUGGAGGUGGCUGACCAGAUGUCCCUGCUCCAGAACUGUUGGAGCGAGCUGCUGGUGUUUGACCACAUCUACCGCCAGAUCCAGUAUGGCAAGGAGGGCAGCAUCCUGCUGGUCACCGGGCAGGAGGUGGAGCUGAGCACCGUGGCCGCCCAGGCCGGCUCCCUGCUGCACAACCUGGUGCUGCGGGCGCAGGAGCUGGUACUGCAGCUGCACGCGCUGCAGCUCGACCGCCAGGAGUUUGUCUGCCUCAAGUUCCUCAUCCUCUUCAGCCUGGAUGUCAAGUUCCUAAGCAACCACAGCCUGGUGAAGGAUGCCCAGGAGAAGGCCAACGCGGCUCUGCUCGAUUACACCCUGUGCCACUACCCGCACUGCGCGGACAAAUUCCAGCAGCUGCUGCUGUGCCUGGUGGAGGUGCGGGCCCUGAGCGUGCAGGCCAAGGAGUACCUGUACCACAAGCACCUCGGCAACGAGAUGCCCCGCAACAACCUGCUCAUCGAGAUGCUGCAGGGCAGGCAGACUUGAGCCCGGCCCCGGGCAGUGCACAGGGGCACCGCCAGCAUGCCGUGCAGGCUCCUUUCAGUAGGUGACCCCAGAGCCCUGUCCCCAGGCCCCUGCCCCUGCGCUCUGGAGCUAUGUUUGGGUGGUGGUGAGGAUGGGCAAGGCAGUACUCUCUAGCCCCUGGCACUUGCCUACCUCUCACAGUGCCCCAAAGAGGAGGCGGCUGACCACCCGACUCCCCCCUGUGCUCCCAGUGUCUCCCCUGGUCUGGGAGGACAUUCUGGAUUCCUUGGUGGGCCUUGCUGUCCUUUGGGUCAGAGGUCAUCCCUUCCCCCUCUCCUGGGAUCAGAAGCAGGAGGAAGGCGAGCGGGCCUCGCAGGGAGAAGAGAGGGGUCUGCAGUGUUUCUCCGCAGAGGAGAGGGAAGUUUUCUGAGUAAAUUAAGGAUGACUGAGUUUGCUGAAUUUGGUGGUGGUGGUGGGGUUGUUGGCCCUAGAGGAAACUGGGAGACCAGUUAGGCAGAAAGACCUCUCCCCAACCCUCCACCAUCUGACCUGUGCAUGGAGACCUCUGAUCUAUUUCCAGGAAAGGACGUUGCUACAACCCCCCUCUCCCCACACCGCACGGGAGGGAAAGUUUGGUACAAUCAGCAUUCCAGCCCCCCUCCCCCUUGGCCAGCUGGGCUGGUACUAAGCUGCAAGGCUAUAGAUUUGUUUCUCCAUCUCCUAAACACUUCUGGAAAGGCGUAUGUCCAUGAGGAGAGCCGGGAGCUGAUGGAGGA